AUGGCCCCCGCGAAGCCCACCAUCGAGCAUACGGUCGACCGUACUCCCGAAUAUGAAAAGUUCAUCGAGGAGCUGCGCGCCUUCCACGAGAAGCGCGGCACCAACUUCGACCCGGAGCCCAAGAUGGGCAACACCACGGUCGACCUGCUCAAGCUGUUCAAGUACAUCGUCGCACAUGGCGGCUACGACAAGGUGUCGGAGGAGAAGCUCAUGUGGAGGAAGAUGUGCGAGGGCCUCGGUUUGAUGCGCCACAACGCGCCUGCCGACGCAUACACUUUGAAGCAGAUUUUCUACAAGAACCUGGCCGCCUAUGAGAUAAAGACAAUUCACAACAAAGAGCCCCCUCCGCCCGAGAUCCUCGAGUUCACCACAGCAAAAGGCGGGUCCCUCUUGACUCGGACUUUGGAGACAUACCAGGUCAAAAACAAGCAGCAGCCCGCUGAGAGGGAAGGGUCAAACACCGAAGAGGGUACACCGAGCAGAGAGAACCAAUCCGCGCCCACAUCGACGCGAGCAUCGCGCGGCCUGCGAGAGGCGCCGCCCCCUAGGGUCAUCUUCCAGCCUGACACCGGUCCAAGCAGAACCCGGCACUCCUCCAAUCAACACCACAACCAACAGCAUUCUUCUAAUUCAGGAUCAAACUCCCAGAACCAGUCCCAGAAUCAAGGACAGGCCAGCUCACAAACCCACUCCGGUACCGCGACCCCAUCACAUCAGGGCCACCCACACGCCACACGGGGGAAUGCUUCGCAUACUUACAAUCCUCCUGGUCCAGACGCAAUGAACCCCGUUUUGCAGUCAUACCAGCCACCGCCGAUCCAACAAGUGCCGUUGCGCAUUGUCGACACUCCUGCUAGCAACCCGGAAUUGUUCGCGAGAAAGCAGCGACAACUUCGAUACCCGCAGCCCUCCGCACCCAAUCCAGGCGCUCUUGUACGUGCAACCCUGGGAGCAACCGCUCUCGAAGGACCCAACAUCUAUGAAAGGUGUUUGUUGGCCCUUCGGUCAAGCCUUCGGGCAGAACAGGCAUUCGCCCUCAACCAUCUGGUCAAGAUCUCGUAUGAGCGGGGUGACAAGUACAAGUUUUCGCAGUUUAGUGGACUUGCUGAAGGUCUGACCGAAUUCGCCCUGGGCGUGACAAAGCUGUUCUAUGGUGUGGAGAUGUUCAUUUCGCACGACUUUGAUCUCGACUGUGACGACCCGACCGCGCUUGACGGCAUCAAUGGCACUGAUGAUCUCGACAGGAGGUUAGCGGAGGUGAAGAAAGUGAACCCAGACAUCCAGGAUAGCAUUCAGCCUGCCGAGUUCGCUGACCAGCUCACCCUGAUUAACGAAGCGGUAUUAACGAUCCGGAACAUGGUCAUGCUGCCUGAUAACGCCUGGUUCUUGUCCGAGUACCCACCUGUCAAGGACCUUCUUGUCAUCAUCCUGCACCUCCCAGAAAUGGACAUGCUGGUGGAGCUAAAGCAUCUCGCGCUCGAGAUUGCGGAACAGCUCACGCCUUAUAUGCUGCUGAGCGAAUCCGACCCCCUCUAUUUCAUCAUGAUGAGGACGCUUGAGCGGAGCGAGGAUCGUGGCAUGAUUCUCAGCGCGCUCCGAGCUCUUGGUCGCAUCGCCAUGCAGCAUCCUACCGAAACCAACAAGUUGAAGGGUGUAGGACAGCACCCGAACAUUCUUCCCAAGAUGGCCAGUUGGUUGCUGCUGAACGAUGACGAGCUCCUGGACGCAUGUCUCGACUUCUUGUACCAGUAUACGGCGGAGCCCGACAACAUCGAUCUGAUGUUAAGAACAAUCAACGUCGACCAUGUCGUUGCCCACCUCGUCCGCCUUCUCUCCCACGGCGCGAAGCGCUCUCAGCGCGAGAUUGUGCUUAAGGCAGCACAAGUCGCUUACGAGGCCGCGCCCGAGCAGAUUCUCGCCCUGCCCAAGGAUCUUCAAGAGAGACUCCUUGCGAUGGAGGAACCCGACCGGUGCCAGGCUUGGCUUCGCUGCCUGUUCGAGGAAGAUCCCGGUUCGCACGUCACGCAGAUUGCCAUUUGGCAAGCCUAUAACGGGGCGUUUGCUGAGGCACUCAAGAUGCAGGGUCGCCCUAUGAUAGGAGCGCAGGAGUAUAUAAAGAAUAUAUCUAACGUCUAUCAGAGCGGCGGCGCGCAAGUGGUGCGCGAACAGGGUCCUACUGGGGAGAUUCAAAAAUUCAUUAUGAGUGGCAUUCGUCCUAGGAGUCGACCGAUCGCACUCGAUGGCCGCAGCUAUCUCAAAUGCCACUGGAAGUACGACGGUCCGACCCCUCCGGGCAUCCCCGUCCCGCAGCACUGUGGCUCCUGGCACCUCACGGCCGAGACCAUGUGGAGGCACAUCCUCGUCGAUCAUCUCCGCGAGCCCAUCACGUCAGACGGAAAGUUUCAGAACCGCGAGGCCGCCUUCUCCUGCCAUUGGGACGGUUGUACGAAGUACCGCACUCCAACCAAGCAGCGUCUGGCCCAGCUCAUGGCCCACGUUAAGACACACCUCCGCGCCGAGGAGGCCCAGCAGCAUAAGAUGUCGCAGCUCACCGGCCCGAACGACCCCAACCAGCCGCUCACGGCCUCCCCGACCGUGUCUAAACGACAUCCUCCGCACCAACCCCAUGCCUCUCGCCAGGGCCGUGUCAUCCGUCCGGCCACAACCAUCACGAUCACAUACGAAGAGACGGCCAGCGCACGCGAUGAGCGGAAUCCUAACGCGCCGCCACAGGCGGCGGGUAUCCCGCUCUCGGCGGUGCUCAUCCUGCGCAACAUUGCGCGUAACGUACCGCAUACAAAUCUCGAGCGUGAGGAGAGGGAAAGGGCCGCAGAAGCGGCCGGGCAGGGUGAGCAGCAGGCGCAGGUGGUCGUGAGUAAUGACAGGGAGAAGGAGAUCGAUGAUGAUGCGGGCAGCCGGAUCAAGGCGAUCUGGAAUGAGCGGUUAUUCAGGCCGGUCCUUCCUAGGCUGUGGGAGGUAUUUACGGAGAAUAGGUUACUCGCGCCGUAUGUGGCCAGUCUGUUUUCGUUGUUGGAGAGAGAUGAUAGGGAUUAUAGCAGUGAGGGGUACUUUUUCUGA